CGAUCUUCCGGAUGUGAGAAUGCCCGUAAAAACCCCCGUAGGAUGCGAACCGUUCGGCCAAGACAGCGUAUUUACGCUCGCCAGUUCAAAUCGGUCGGUCGUCGGGUACGCACGUGGAUGCAAGAUCUUCCCGUUCAGCGGGUUAGCGCGUAGACGAGCCAACGUGAAACGCGUGUGUGAGUGUGUGCAGUGCAGUGGUGGCGUUGUAGUGAUGGCACGUACCUUACACAGGUAAAACGGGAAGCAUGGGAAAAUAUUAAACACACGAAGUUGCACACGAAGCGCAAGUAAUGAUAAUUGAAUUUUCAUCCAACCACCACCAUCCACCACCAUCAUCUGCGAAGGGUUGAGCGUGUAGUUGAGGGUUAGCCCCGGAUAACGUAAUCAAACAUCGACCGUGGCAAUAGGCAAUGGUGUAAAGGGUGCGCGCUAGUGCUUUCUAGUGGUUCCCGCAGCGGUUUUCACAUCUGGGGUGUGGUGCUACGUGGAAAACAAAUCAAACGAGCAGAAAUCAACCAUCAAGACCGUGUGAGAUAGAGAGCGAACGAGAGCGUGCCGGAACGUCGACAAAGGAACGGUGAAAGAUGCUUCGCAAUUGUGGUUGCUUUCAGCGGGCACGGCGCAGUUCCAGCUUCGAGGACUCGUCAUCCUGCCGGUCGUCGGAGAUUGAGCGGGGUGGCGAGAUGACACCGCACAGUGGCAGCCUGCUGAAGCUGUUCACCUCGAAGGGUUGGUGCCGGCAGUGGAGGAAGAGUGGCCGCGGCAUGAGCAUGACCAAGAUCGAGCGAACAAUGAAGGCGGCCAUCCUUAUACAGCGUUGGUAUCGACGGUUUCUGGCCCGGAUCGAGAUUCGGCGGCGCUACACGUGGACCAUCUUCCAGAGUAUCGAGUAUGCGGGCGAGCAAGACCAAGUACGGCUGUACAACUUUUUCAACGCACUACUUACGCACAUUCCAGAGACAGCCGGUCGGCCGCUCGACUCGCAAAACACGUCCCGUUCGUCGUCCGCAGAGGCACUGAAUAUGAAAUUUUCCGACGAAUCGGACGAUCUAGCCGACGAGGGUAUUGCCGGACCGGAGCGUGGCUAUCAGGGGCCGGAAAUCAAGUUCCCGCUCGACAAAAAGGAGCUGGAAGUAAUAAUCGAUCUGUUCCGGAAGAAGAAAAACCGGCUGCACGCCAAGUAUGUGGCCGGCAUACUGCGGGAGGCAACCUCGAAGCUGAAGCGCCUGCCGAACCUGAACCAGGCGUCGACCGCCAUCUCGAAGCAGGUUACGAUCUGUGGCGAUUUGCACGGGAAGCUGGACGAUCUGCUGGUCGUGUUCCAUAAGAACGGGCUACCAUCGCCGGAGAACCCGUACGUAUUCAAUGGGGACUUUGUCGAUCGGGGCAAGAAGGGGCUCGAGGUGCUGCUGCUGCUGCUCUGUACGUUUCUGGUGUUUCCCGGCGGUGUGUUCCUGAACCGGGGCAACCACGAAGACACGGUGAUGAACGCCCGGUACGGCUUCAUCCGGGAGGUGCACCAGAAGUACAAACACAACGCCGAAAGACUGCUGAAGCUCAUCGACGAGGUGUACCGGUGGCUUCCGUUAGGGACGAUAGUUAACAACCGUGUGCUGGUCGUGCACGGUGGCAUUUCCGACUCGACCGAUCUGGAUCUCAUCCGUAGCUUAGACCGUGGAAAGUAUAUAUCUCUAUUAAGGCCACCGAUCACCGAAAGUACUGCUCCCGGUGCCGAAAUCAUCGACAAGGUGGAAUGGAAACAGGUGUUCGAUAUACUGUGGAGCGAUCCCCAGCAUACCGAGGGCUGCCGGCCAAACUCGUUGCGAGGCGCCGGUACGUACUUCGGACCGGACGUAACUAACAAGUUCCUACAGCGCUACAAGCUCCAGUAUCUGGUCCGUUCGCACGAGUGCAAACCGGACGGGCACGAGAUAAUGCACGGCGGGAAGGUCAUUACCAUCUUCUCCGCCUCGAACUACUACGAAAUCGGCUCGAACAAGGGUGCGUAUCUGAAGCUGGAUCCCCAGCUAGACACACACUUCGUGAUGUAUACGGCGGCCGCCUCCAAAACACGGAAGCUAACAUUCCGGCAGCGGGUCGGGCUGGUGGAAAGCUCCGCGCUGCGAGAAUUGGCAGCUAAGCUGCGCGAACGGCGGAUAGAGCUGGAGCGGGAGUUCAAAUCGCGCGAUCCGGAUAAUAAGGGUGUACUGACGCUAGCGAAGUGGUGCGAAGCCCUGGAGAGUGCCACCAACCUUGGAUUGCCGUGGCGAAUGCUGAAGGAUAAGCUUGCGCCCGCCGAUAAUCCCACUGCCAGUUCGGUCGCAACCGUGACGGAAGUCAGCUACCGGAAGACGCUGCAUCUACUCGACACGGACUCUUUCAAAUCGGCCCAGAACGGUACGACCUCGGUGGCGGAAUCGUUGUACAAGAACAAGAGCAGCCUGGAAGCGAUCUUUCGCAUCCUGGACAAGGACAACUCGGGCCAGAUCUCGCUGGAGGAGUUUGGCGAGGCGUGCGAACUGCUGCGGCGGCACUUUCCGCACAACACGCACGAACAGCUGCUCGACAUGUGCCGCAUGAUGGACAUCAACAAGGACGGGCUGGUCGAUCUGAACGAGUUCCUGGAAACGUUCCGGCUGUGCGAAAACGCUAAGGAGCAGCUGCUGACGAGCCUGGAGGAGCGGGCAAACGCGGAAAGCAACGGGAACGGGCAGUCGGACGGUGUGGAGCAGGAGGCCGGCCACCUGACGUCCCAAAGCAACGGGAGCACCAAGGCGGCUGGCGAGCUUCCGGACCGGAAUGGGAACUGUGCAUCAAAGACUGCGGAUCACGGCAAGUCGGAUGGUCGCCGGCGAAGCAAGAAGCGGGCCAGCGGUAAGCGAAGCAAUGGGCAGACGAACGGGGUGCCGGAAGCGGAUGAGGACACGGACGACUACGAGGACUACGAGACGAACGAGGAGGCGGUGGACGAGAGCAGGGAGAGCAGGAGCGUCGGAGCGGUGAACGGUACGGUUAUAAACUCAUCCAACACUGCCGCAGUCGCUAACAGCACCGCCAACGGUGAUACUCACAAGGACACCAUCGUCUCCUAAAAGGGGACGCUGCUUCUGAGUGUUUUUUUUUUCCUAUUUCUAUGUCUCUCUCUCUGUGUAUGUAUGUGCGUGUGAAUAUGCGUGUUUUUGUAUGUGUGAUUCCGAUCUCCAAAGUACCUCCAUCCCUUUAUCGCUCGUGUUUCUAUCGCUCUCUCUCUCUCUCUUCCUAUCCUCCUUACACGGUUUGGGUACACUUGCAAUAGACAGGUUGGCAACUCCAAACGUAAAAAAGAUCCAACCGUGUCGAUCAGAUGGCAUCAGAGAAAGAAGGUCGAAGGGAAAACGGUACCGGUCGCCCACUGUUGCACAAUUUACAGUUUAUCAAUGUUAUUUUCUGAUCGCUGUUACAAGAUGAAGAUGCAGCUUCAAACAGUUAGUUUGUUUCGCAUAUCAAGUGCAUUUUUUUUCACUCAACCAGCAUGCAGCAGCUGCUUCCGAGAAUCUGGUCUUUGAGCGGGUAAGUAAAGCUUUUAAAAUAUAAGAUUUAUGGAGGAUUCGCCAUAAAGUAUUUUAUGGAUACGGAGGACAUCAUUGGAACACGUCAGUAAGGCUGGAAUCAUUAGACACAUCCCAAGACUUCAUCCGUCAAAUCUCAUACAAAGUUGUACGACUAGUCUUAAACGACUGAGUAGUGACUACAGUCUCAGUCGUAAGUCGUUAGUCGUUGAGCAGCAUCAGUUAGAUUUUCUCCUCGAAAUUUUAGUUGUUAUCUUUCGAGAAAGUUACGAGAAAAUGAAAGCAACACCCUUAUUAAUUACCACAAACGAUCUCACAGCGAUCGAAUCGAAACCAAGAUCUGAAAUGGUUUAACAACUUUAUUUGAACGUAAUCUCAACAAAGUAUCUCACAAACAAUGAUUUUCUAGAAUUAAUCAACCCACCCCCUAAAUAAGGGAUAUUUAUGUCAGUAAAACUUCGAAUCAAGCUUCAUCAAAUACGUUCUCAGAAAUGCAGUUAUGUUUACUUUCUUGCUAUUAUUGUCGGCACUGUUUGUGACGCGCUUCUCCACUAAAAAACAGGUGAAGUCAGACGGACUGCUCCCGGUUGUUCGGGUUGAAAACAUAAAGUUCGGCCUUUGGUAGUUUUCUCCGAAUUUAAAACCUCGAAUCAAAUUUUGAACUAGGUUUGCAACUGUGGUUGACGUUUCCGGAAAUAAAGAACCUGGUAAGCGGAGCCAUUCCCAUGCCGUUGAUCCCUUCCUAGCUCGCUCUUGCAUAUACAGCACGGGUAGUUGGUAAUAUAAGAACUUUACGAACUUUUGUACAAUCCUUGCGGAAUGGUUUGACUUGAUUCGUUCUUCUCUCACCUCACAACACCUAUCAUAUGUUGAACCGUUUUCGAACGGUAGACUCUAGCGUUCGACAUUGAAGUGGAACGAAACGUCAAUCACUGUCACAAACGUGAGAGAAACUUUCAAAAGGCUUCGACUGUGUUGGUUGAAAGCGGAGUGUAUUUUACAUAUUUGUGAUCGCAAUUUCAUAAAUAUUGAUUUGUACAGUAGGAAAAAUAAUGGGAUUAGUCCUCGUUAUUCUCUGAGGGUAAGAAGCUGGUUAGCCCAAAUGUAUAUGAUCCAAUUUUUAUAGCACUUUUUAUAGCAACAAAUAUGCGCUUCUUAUAGACAUUGUUUGGGUGUGGAAAAGCAAAACAAACAUGGCGAGCGAACAAAAGAGGCCAUCACACACGCUUCAGGCUAAACGACAAACAAUCUAGCACUUUCCGGCAAGUUCCAUUACGCGCGGAGUAAUUAACCAGCAGCCAGGUAGCGCAAGCAUGCUCGUAAUUGUGUAUACUUUGUGAAGCUCAUCACUCAACGCGGCGAGUGCGUGUUUGCGUGUGCGUCUGCAACUCCAACAAAACCGUCAGGAAGCGAAUAAUUGCGAUUAGCCAUCUUAUCCACCCGUGUGGGGUAUAUAGCACAUAUGAAAGACAAAGCCCUGCUUAACUCACCCACAUGCAGACAAGUUUGGCGCUCCGAACUUUUUGCUUCAUUUCCGUCUGUAAUCAACUGGAUAAAUGGCACUCUUUCCGGUGUUCCCGCGUGGCGAGACCCCGUGUGCCAGCGUAGGUGAACCGUUAUUCAUCAAACGAGCCGCACGCCGCACGUGGUGUAUUUUUAUACACACCUUCAGGGCACCGUUCUGUAGCGGCUGUACUUUGUUAUUUUUCUUACCAUCUUGCGGUGUGGUGGGGAGCACGAAUGCUCGGUGGUGGUUGCGUACAUUGUGCCGCUGAUUAGCGGGCGAUAGACAGGUGAGCACGGAAAGCAUUACUUUUAGUGGUGGUUAGCGGUUUGCAGGCUAGUGUUAAAUGGCUUCAAUUAUCGUUCGUCCAUAAUUAUCUACAUGCAGCUUUCGCCAGGGUAGGAGUCAUCUGCUGGUUUUUAUUUCGCUUCUCUUCUACUAAUGUUUAUUCGUUGUGAUGGUGUUUAAAAGUUAAGCAAAGCUUUAAGCGAAUUUAAGCUUUUUCUUCUUCCUAUCAUUUUGUCAUGAAAAAUUGAAGACACUCUUCUCAUUCUCAAAAUAAUUAUCAUCCAUGUUCAUUUUCUUUUUUCGCUGUUUGAUGCUAUCAACAGUCACCAUUUCUAAUGUGCACUUAAGCUUCAGCCCCACACUCUGCUUCCCAGCUGUUCGUCUUAAUGUCAUUAAUGUCAAUAAUGUGUCACUUUACUUGCGCCGGUACUGUACAAUGGAUGUGUGUGGCUGUGUGUGUGUGUAUGGCCAUCGGAAAGCCACUCGUUGCCGUCAUUCACACAUUUGCCGGCAGACUUUAACAAUGGUGCUGAAAUGAAAAGGAGGGCGAGAAAGCUUCCCACACUUCACUCCAAAACACCGCAAGGCGGACUUUGAUUCUUAUACUUUAUUAUGUCUCCAUUCCAUUCUCCUCGCUUCGAUUCUUCCGCUCUAAAUGGUCUGCCAGAAUAGGUGUGUGCGUGUGUGCUAAAUUUUCAUUGGGCCAUUAGAUAAAGAUUUUACGCGCGUAAGAGAGAGCGACACGAACGAUGUCAUUACACUUCGUUAACUUAUCGAGCAGACUAGACUGAUUUGUUCUGCAGUGACUGGUUUGCGCGUUAAGUGGUCCAUUUCGAAGUCAAAUAUCUUCACUGCUCUGAGCGCUGUCCGAUCUACGGUGCUACACGUUAAAAUAAUGUCUCCAUUUCAGCAUGGUUCAGUUCAGAGUCGAAGUCGUGUUUCAGGUUUAAUUCGAUUAGAAACACAAUUGAGGGCUCACUUCUAAGGAGGAGAGUUUUCUUGGAAGAGCUUUUGAGAAGAAAAGUGCUAUAAUUCGUAUUGUUGCUCUAAAUGAAAAGUUAGGAAAGGCUUUAAAAAUGUGAUGAAUGCCGGGGAGGUUUGUAAGAAACCUUUCAUGCAUUUAAUGUAUUUAAUUAAAUAUAAUUUUAAUAGCACCUUCCAGUGUGGGGAAUCACUUUUGUUCCGGAGGCGUAUUUUAAAUUGCUUAACGAACUUAAAAUCUCACUUCUUUUCGAUCAAGCAUCGAUUAUAUUUCUCUUGUGCGUGAUGGUGACGCCUGGUCGUUUGUUACCUCAUGCCAUACGAUACGAUGGAGACGCCUAGUACUUUUCAGUCGCAAGACCUCGAAAAGUACCAGGCGUCUCCAUCGUAUGCGAGAUUGACCGAAUAUUGUGUAUUAUUUUUAUGAUUCUCCGAAAAUGGUCAUUUUUUCUUGCAUGUAUCAAUUUAAAAAUCGAUAAACUGCUCCCACCGUUCCCACCGAAAGCUUAAGUGUCGUUUAGCGCCCCAACGGCUCAAUACCAUUUCCCUUCUUGUGUUUCAGCUAUUCGAAACAGUAUUGUGGAAGUAUUCUCGUUGAACGUUUUAGAAAAGCUUUGAUUCUUGAGUUUUUUUUAAUCAAAAGUCUCGCCCGAUUGUUUUUUGCCUCUGCUUUAUUUUGCGGAAAGCUGAUUACGGCAUAAAAGUUCCCAUUUUUUCUCACGUACCUGUGCCGGUGGUGAAGAUCAAAGCUGGUGCAAUCAUGCCGCAUGCCAAAUGUGAUUUGUACGGUGCCACGUGCCGGUGUGGACUGGCAAAACUUUUCCUUCCAGUCCUGUGGUUUUCCAGUGGCUUUUCUUCGCAUUUUUGUGUCCCGGUUUUUCUAGGAAAAGCGAGCACGGUUUGCAGCGUUUUAUGAGAGUGAUCGAAAAAUUCCAGACAGAUGAGCAUGUGAGUGAGUUAAGAAGAGCGAACGAAACGAAAGUGAAGCAAUAAUUUGGUUGGAACGUUUCAAUUUCUUUUCCUGGUGCGGCUUGAAGAUACUGAACGAAUCAAGAGGCAGGUUGUGUGAAUGUCAAAAAAUGAAAUGACACGAAAUGAAUGUAAAGUAUGCAAACACUCCGCGCGGAAGAUAAAAUUAUUCUCAUCCGGUAAAGUUGCUGGUUUGGGUGAAAGAAUCGUGGGGUGAACUUUCAACUGAAUUCAACCUGCCUAAAAAGAGGGAGGCCUUUUUUCGCGGCACUUGUUCAUCGUGUGAGCGUGUGUGUGUGAACAGUUUCGGAGAAAUAAUUUCCCCCGAUAGAGUUGAAAGCGCAAAGUGUAAAAUUCAAUUUAAAAUAAAUCUUUGCGAAGAUCUGGUUUGUAAAUGAACAUGUCACGGUUGAGAUGGGAAAACAAGCGUGAGAUCAUUUUCCUUUAAUUAAUUUACUUCAAAUGACAGCGUUGGGGUUGCAAAAUGGUUCAAACUUACUUUUCACCUUGACAUUCAAAAUAUUGGGACAAUGUUUUUCGAUUUAACUUUUGAUCAAAACUGUGCUCCAUCUUUGCACCACCACAGUUUGGAGCAUGGUUUACAGUGGAAAGCUUCAUUUUUUCUGUGGACAAAAGAGGGAAUAACGUUUGUAUUUACAAACGACGCGUCGAUUCGCAAAGUUUUGAAUCUGUUUGACGCUUGGUGUUGGGAAGGUGCGGAGUCAAACUUUUGAAGCGAAUCACAUUUCAGAAAAAAGUUUAACAUAAAAAAGUAAAAUGAAUUAUGAUUUGAAACAUUAUGGCGAGAAAAUGUCAAGAGUCAAUAGCGAUACCGUUUGUUUUCAUUGACUGAUUCUUAACUAUAAAACCACAAAGAGGAUUUAUUUUUCUUGACUUUGUUAGUAGGAGAAAGCGCAGCGUUUCUUUAAAAUUGGCUUACAUCUUCCAAAAAUACUUCGUCUAGCAUACCAACUGUGAUUUAAUCCCCCUUUUGCGGAACAUGCGGUAAGCUUGCAGUUGUGCACCAUCUUAAGCACUGCACUUUCUUGAUGUGCACCAGACCCUCCCCGCGCUCCUCCCCUCUUCCAGUGCAUUCCAUACAUGGCUAUGCAAAGCAUCGUGUUUAAGCUUCAUUGCAGCUGGAAUUGUGAACAUGCCACUACCGGGUAAGCCGCUUACCAGACUCCGAGCUUUCUUUUCGCUGAAUCGUUUCCUUGCACCCGACGGACGGUGUACUGGGAAAGUUGUACGCUUUCUGCUCACCACACCGAGCUUCUUGAGAGCGUGCUGCUGAGCUCUGUUCGUGCAGCGGGGACGCAACAUUCCCGGAAGCAGUGGACAAGAAAGAUGUGUGGCUUUUUAAAAAUAAGUUUCUCUCUCUCUCUCUGUCAUUAACCAAAUACAACAUUCGUUCGUUUUAACCUUUCUUCCGGGUUUGUUUUUCGCUGUUUUAUGACAAAAACCGGUGCAAUGAUUUGCAGAGAAUUCUCCCAAAGGUCAACGCUGGGCGGAAGAGGUACGACCAAGGCCAAGGAUUGCAUUUGCGUAGAUGAUGCAGCUACCGGUGGGCGAUCGGUGCUGAACGGUGAAAUUACGAUUGCGUGUGAGAAAUGGAGGAGAAAUGUUGCUUUUAGAAUUGAACUAAACGCAAAACCAAUACAGACAUGAUGAAACGAACCAUUUGGGAACAAUGAAUACACCGACUCUUAGAUGUUAUCGAUCCUAUACACGUUUAAAUGUUACCAAACUAAACCACAAAGAAGGAAUAUAGAAAGGGCAUUAGAAACAGCGCAAAAUGAGUCAGGAAGACGAUAAGAAAAUUAAAAAGGAAAGAAGAUGAAAGAAAAGUAAAUAAAUUUUAAAUACAUAAAAAAAACCCCACUCAACCGAAACACGACGGUUUCCUGGUGUUAGUAGUAACCAAACCAAAAUACUCUAAGUGGUCGCGUACGCGUGGUGAUGGAAACAAAUGUUAGAAACAAAAAAACUGAAACAAAACCGACAAAAAAUAUCAUAAACAAAAGUGAGUUGGCCAAAGUGUGAGAUGAAGGGCAAAUUUUAUGCUAAAAUCAUGCAGAAGAAGAAAACAACAACAAAACAUCAAAGAAGUAAAAUUUUUAGGAUAAAGAAAAAUAAACCCAUAUUUAAGCUACUCUAAAGAUCCGUAAGCACACUAACACAUCCACUCUGCACGGAAAUAUUCCCCCUUUUUCGAUCUUCAUAUUCGCAUAUUAUAUGAUAGUUGGUCUAGCUUCGCCUAGCGUACUCUAGUUGUUAUACACGAAUUAAAGGAAAACCCCGCCCCCGGAAAAGGUGUUGAACCAGUUUAGCUAAAUCACCAGCUCGCCGUACUCAUACAUUAUAAAAGACGAAUAUAGCUGUUUUAUAUCGAAUCGACAUUAUAUUAAAGUAUCGCUAUCGCAAGGAUAUCGUUCGUAGGAAGAUAGAAAAAAAGCGAGAGAGUAAAGAUGGAAAAAAUAGAAGAAGAUGAUGAAAUGAAGGGAGUGAGCGACUAAAGCCAUAAUCUAUUUUUAUCACAAUGUACUAAGUAAGGAAGAGGAAAGAGAGAUAGCAGCAAAAAAAGGAGAAUAACUGAAAUAUCAUCCUCAAGAAUGCCAAAGAUGUUACCAACUUUUCUAGCGCGAUGAAAACCACUCAAAUGAUCAAAUCAUUUAAAGCUUUAUCGAACGUAAACACACAACACAAGCGAACAAGAGCAAGUCAACAGCAACAUUCAAACGGUUUGUAGCGAACGGGUCCGUUUCUUCCGUUUCAGUUUUUAAAUGUCGAUUUAGUUAUGCAUUACCUCGAUAGUUCUACUGAUGAGUAUUAAAAGUGUGUGUGUGUGGAUUGCGUUACUCGUAUGGUUUAGCGUACCCCUGAAGCGUUAUGUUUUACAGUGCUGUUUAUUAAAAGGGGGGAAAAUACUGUGUUAACUAUUAUCGCUCAUCGGGGUGAUAACCGUUGGGGAGGAAAGAAGAAAGACUCGUGGCACGAAAUGGGACAGUGAUUGAUAGUGUAAUAAAAUACUGAUUUUUCUUCGUUCUUGGUUCAA